AUGCAUGUCCUCUCCGAGCCCGACGUGGCUCAGAUCUUCCGGAACUUGACCCAGGAAAAAUGCCACGACUUCAUUGACAUCCUAGGCAAGGCACUAGUUGCCAUAUCCGCUGAAUCCAAGCCCAAUGUUGCAGAUUCGGAGAAGCUGAUCCAUCAGCCACUUCGCACCGUAUUCGCCACAAAGGCUAACAACUCGUGCAUCUUCAUGCCCGUGUCUGACACCGUCAGCACCGGCGUCAAGGUUGUCACCGUUGCUAGUGGCGGUAUCCAGGGUGUUAUCAAUGUCUUUUCGCCAGAUGGCCGUUUACAGGGUCUUCUCGCAGCCGCGGAGGUUACGGCUUUCCGUACGGCACUUGCCUCUAUGACACUAUUUGUCCGCUGCACCUCUCUCCGCAAAGAGAACAUCCUCGUCCUUGGAUCCGGUCGACAAGCAGAAUGGCACGCUCGACUAGCUCUUCUUCUUUACCCCAACCAAAUUCGCCAAGUAACAUUCAUCAACCGCGGCCGUCAAAGACUCAACGAGCUGGAACGCGACGUUCUCGGUGACUUAGGUCAACGGUAUGCCAAUAUCAAAUUCGCCACUUUCGCAAAGGAAGGCACAGUAGAUUACGAGGCGAAACUCCUCGAGGCUCUACAAGCCUGCGACGUCAUCUUCAGCUGCACACCGUCUAUUGAACCCAAUUUCCCAUACUCUGCGCUGAAAUCUGUGCCCAAACAGCGCUUCAUCUCUCUCAUUGGAUCGUACAAGCCUCACAUGCACGAGAUCGAUAGUGAAACUCUGCUUUCUGGCGGAGGCAAGAUCUACGUUGACUCGAAAUCGGCGUGUAUGGAGGAGUCGGGUGAGUUGAAUACGGCGAAGGUUACGGAAGACCAGUUGAUUGAGAUGGGUGAUCUUUUGGGAGAGCUUAGUCCCGAACAGGCGCUUGAUAUUCCGGACGGAUGCAAUAUUAUUUAUAAGUGUGUUGGAAUGGGUUUGAUGGAUCUUGUUGUUGGCAAGAAGGUGCUUGAUGUGGGGAAGGAGGAGGGACUUGGGACUAAUGUUGAUGGAUUCUAG